UGCAUGUGUGCGUCAUCGAGACAACAACUUUACAACCUUUAGGAUAUAUGUGUCAAUAAGUCUACAGCCUACAUGUUUUAUAAUAAAUAUAACGAUACGCAGGCGACAACUUCGACUGUAAAGUUUUCUGAAACAAUGACAUCAGUGUUUCUGCGGCAGGAGAGAGAUGAGUGCGAGUGCGCGUGCGUGCGUUCGGCGAGAGAGGAAGCCAGAGAGGCAGCGACGGGACGCUGCGCGGUUAAUGCAACUUGACUGAAGUUGGGAUCGGAGCUUCAUCCCCGCGUCCUUGCGGAGAUGCGGCGGUCAUUGAAAGAGCGCACAUUUAAACAACAACAACCCAGACCGUGACGAAGUCAAGAUGACGAUCCCGAAAGAAAUCCCGGAGAAAUGGUUUCCAUUCUUUCUCCCCCUAAAAAGAAAGAAACAGAAAGGACUGAAUGGAGCCAAAUCCAAAAAGAGGUGCACAGAGGAGGAGAGAAAGGUCCGAGCCAAUGACAGAGAGUACAACGAAAAGUUUCAGUACGCGAGUAACUGCAUUUUGACAUCCAAGUACAACAUUGUCACCUUUCUACCCGUCAACUUGUUUGAGCAGUUCCAGGAAGUAGCCAACACCUACUUCCUUUUCCUGCUCAUACUGCAGCUAAUACCUCAGAUCUCCUCCCUCUCGUGGUUCACUACCAUUGUGCCUUUAGCUCUGGUUCUGAGCAUCACCGCAGUAAAGGAUGCCACAGAUGACUAUUUUCGUCAUAAGAGCGACAACCAAGUGAACAACCGGCAGUCUCAGGUCCUCAUCCGUGGCUCGCUACAGAAUGAAAAGUGGAUGAAUGUUCGAGUGGGUGACGUCACUAAACUGGAAAACAACCAGUUUGUGGCAGCUGACCUGCUCCUGUUGUCCAGCAGCGAACCUCAUGGACUCUGUUACAUCGAGACAGCCGAGCUGGAUGGAGAGACCAAUAUGAAGGUCCGUCAGUCCGUCUCAGUGACAUCUGAACUUGGAAACCAGAACAACUUGUCUUCAUUCGACGGUGAGGUGGCGUGUGAGCCCCCCAACAACAAGCUGGAUCGGUUCUGUGGGACUCUGUACUGGAGAGACAAGAAGUACACCCUGACGAACCAGAACAUGCUGCUACGAGGAUGCGUCCUCCGCAACACAGAGGCCUGCUACGGCCUGGUCAUCUUCGCAGGCCCAGAUACCAAGCUAAUGCAAAACAGCGGUCGCACCAAGUUUAAGCGGACGAGCAUCGAUCGCCUGAUGAACACUCUGGUCCUCUGGAUCUUUGGCUUCCUGGUGUGUAUGGGUGUGAUCCUGGCUGUGGGUAACGCAGUGUGGGAGAGAGAGGUGGGCUCCCUGUUUCAGAGCUAUCUGCCCUGGGACACUCCUGUGGACAACUUCCUGUUCUCAGCCUUCCUCUCCUUCUGGUCCUAUGUCAUCAUUCUCAACACCGUGGUGCCUAUCUCUCUGUAUGUGAGUGUGGAGGUGAUCCGGCUGGGCCACAGCUACUUCAUCAACUGGGACCAGGAGAUGUUCUGCUCCCAGUGUAACACAGCAGCCGAGGCCAGGACCACCACCCUGAACGAAGAGCUCGGCCAGGUUGAAUAUAUCUUCAGUGACAAGACUGGAACCCUCACUCAGAACAUCAUGAGCUUCAAUAAGUGCUCCAUCAAUGGACAGACUUACGGGGAAGGAACGGACCCGUUGGGACCUCGGCCAAAGAGAUUGGACUUCACCCUCUUCAACCCCCUGGCGGACCCGGACUUCUGUUUCUAUGACGACACCCUGCUGGAAUCAGUGAAAGUGGGAGACGCACACGCUCACACGUUUUUCCGCCUGCUCUCCCUCUGUCACACCGUUAUGAGUGAGGAGAAGAGCGAGGGAGAGCUGGUUUACAAGGCUCAGUCGCCAGAUGAGGGGGCUCUCGUGACGGCGGCUCGAAACUUCGGCUUCGUGUUUCGCUCCCGAACACCUGGGACGAUAACUACGACAGAGAUGGGACGACCUGUCACCUACACUCUGCUCGCCAUUCUGGACUUCAAUAACAUUCGCAAGAGAAUGUCUGUAAUAGUGCGUAACCCAGAGGGCCGUAUCCGUCUGUACUGUAAAGGAGCUGACACUGUGCUGCUGGAGAGACUCCACCCCUGUAACCAGGAACUGAUGAAUGUCACCUCGGACCACCUCAAUGAGUAUGCUGCCGAUGGUUUGCGGACACUGGCGCUGGCCUACAGGGACCUGUCAGAGGACGAGUGGGAGGCGUGGUCAGAGAGCCACCGCUGCGCGGACAAGGCCUCCAACUGCAGAGAGGACCGAGUGGCAGCCGCUUAUGAGCAGAUAGAACAAGACAUGAUGCUCCUGGGGGCCACGGCUAUAGAGGACAAGCUGCAGGAAGGCGUCCCAGAGACCAUCGCUGUCCUCUCUCUGGCUAACAUUAAGAUCUGGGUUCUCACUGGAGACAAGCAGGAGACCGCUGUCAAUAUCGGCUAUUCUUGCAAAAUGCUGACAGAUGAUAUGACCGAGGUGUUCAUCAUCAGUGGACACACUGUGCAGAGCGUACGGCAGGAGCUCGGGAGGGCGAGGGAAAGGAUGAUCGAGCUGUCAAGGACCAGAGAAGAAGAGGAGGAGGGGAAGGAGGGAUGUUUCAUGGGUAACGGUUUCAGAGAGCGACAAGAAGGAGAUGGUACAGGAGGAGGAUGCGGAGGAAAACAGCUGCAGUGUCCUCCUCCUCCUCUUCCUCCUCCUCCUCCUCCCUCCAACCUCAUGGACAACAUCUUUGGAGAGUUUGCACUCGUAAUCAACGGACACAGUCUGGCCCACGCGCUAGAAGCAGACAUGGAGACAGAGUUUGUGUCGACGGCCUGCGCGUGCAAAGCAGUGAUCUGCUGCCGGGUCACCCCGCUGCAAAAGGCUCAGGUGGUGGACGUCAUCAAGAAACACAAGAAGGCCGUCACUCUGGCUAUAGGAGACGGAGCUAACGACGUUAGCAUGAUCAAAAGUGCUCAUAUCGGAGUUGGUAUCUCAGGUCAGGAGGGGAUCCAGGCCAUGCUGGCCAGUGACUACUCCUUCUCCCAGUUCCGCUUCCUACAGCGACUCCUGCUGGUGCACGGCCGCUGGUCCUACCUGCGCAUGUGCCGGUUCCUCUGCUACUUCUUCUACAAGAACUUUGCCUUCACCAUGGUGCACUUCUGGUUUGGGUUCUUCUGUGGCUUCUCUGCACAGACGGUGUAUGACCAGUACUUCAUCACUCUCUACAACAUUCUCUACACCUCCCUCCCUGUGCUGGCCAUGGGGAUAUUUGACCAGGACGUUCCUGACCAGAGGAGUCUGGAGUAUCCUAAACUGUAUGAGCCCGGGCAGCUCAACCUGCUCUUCAACAAGAGAGAGUUUUUCAUCUGCAUCGCCCAGGGCAUCUACACAUCAGUGGUGCUGUUUGUUGUCCCCUGUGCUGUCCUGUCCGACGCCACUCAGAGCACCGGAGUGCCCCUCGCUGACUACCAGACGUUUGCAGUCACCACGGCGACAGCCCUGGUCAUUGUGGUCAGCGUACAGAUCGCUCUUGACACAGGCUUCUGGACUGUUAUCAACCAUGUGUGUGUGUGGGGCUCUCUGGGCUUAUUCUUCUCCAUCAUGUUCACUCUGCAAAGUCAGACCCUCUUCAGGAUCUUUCCCAAUCAGUUCCACUUUGUAGGUAGUGCCCAGAGCACGUUGUUGCAGCCAGUCGUGUGGUUAACUAUUGCGCUGGCGACAGCAAUAUGUAUAGUUCCAGUUUUGGCAUUCCGCUUCCUCAAGGUGGACCUGAAACCACAGCUGUCAGACACGGUCCGCUACACUCAGCUGGUGCGGCAGAAGAAGCGAAAGCCGGUGGGUCGUAGCGUGGGAGGUGUCUGGCGUGGGCUGGGCAGCGUGUCAGAGGGCCGUCUGGGUGCUCGGGGCAGUUCCAGGAGAUCCGGCUACGCCUUUGCCCACCAGGAAGGAUUUGGAGAGCUGAUCACGUCAGGAAAGAACAUGAGGCUCUCAACUAUGGCCAUGGCCACCUUUGCCUCCAGACACAGCUCCAGCUGGAUCGACACGCUCCGCAGGAAGAAGCCCUCGCACCCUCACACACCUCCCAGCGCCUCCGGGGAAAGCAGCCCGGCACGCAGUUGUGUGUCCGGGUCAGUUGCGCCGCUCUCAAAUUCCUCCUCUGUUCUGGGCUCACAAGACACGGCCAUCGAGGAGGUGACUGGUGCAGUGCCGGCCCAACAGACUGUUCCCGCUUCAUCCACACAAACGCCACCAGCUUCGGAAGCAGCUGCACCUCAGGGUUCAGCCCAGGCCGAGAGUGCAGGCGUCCUUAUCUCCGCAGCAGAGAGCUCCAAUGAGGGAGACUCACCUGGAGGCUGGACCAUCACUCUGGGCGCCAUGCAGGAAGCUCUGUUUGGUUGGAAGGCUCGGGCCACUGCAUCCAACAGCCCCCGCCCACCCUCUGUCCCCAUGGAAACCAGCCAGAUUGAGUGAAACAUUCAGAAUAAAUGGAAGAAUAACUUGUUCACUAAUGUCCAUCACAUGUUUGCACACACAGGCAGGUUGUGUGACAUGCUUUGCUGGAGAGAAACUGAGUUAUAGAGAGUAGACUGUCAGUUCUCUCUGUUUCGCAACGGAAGCUUCUAUAAUAGGUCAAAUAAAUUCAAAUCAUCGGCAGUGGCAUAUCCUAAUGACAUGGACCUUGUCCAACUGUGAAUUGGGAUUUAUUGGAGAUAUACUGUUCCCACGGCAUUGACUAGAACAUCACGAGACUUACAGUAUUUACCAGAAGCAAAGCAGCGGUUGUGGAAAAGGUAACUUACUAUUAAUGAUGUUAAAGAUUAUUUCCACUUGUAAUUUCAAGUUAAGCCUUGUUCAGAACCGAGCUUCCCUCAAAAUCAACAAUGGGUUGAAUAAAUGAACAGAAUAAAAAUAACUUUAAUCAGUGAAGUGCAGGCAUUAUUCCUAAAGAUGUUUUUGUUCACUAUAGUUCUCAGUGAGAAUGGUGCUUUACGUUACAGGACACUUCCAAACUGUUGCAGGUCCUUUAUCUCCCAUUGAUUUUGUUUCUUACUUGUUUACUUAAAAUGUUUUCCAUUUCAUUUUGCAUCAUAUUGAUGUGUUUUAUAAUGGUCAAGUUGAGUUGCACUUAGAGCUCUCAGAGCGUUUUCUCCUCUUCGCAGGUCACAAGCUUACUUUAGGUUAGACUUGAGCAAAGUGCAAAGAAACUCUGUGAAAACGGAAAAAUGCUGUAACGCACCUUAAAAGGGGAUUUGUCAAUUUCAGUAACGGGCUUUGAAUUUGUCAACGCAUGAAGGAAAGGUGUAAGGAGAUAAUGACGCCUUAACAAUGCCACCAUUCUCCUCUAAAGCUUCCUGAUCCAUCAAUCAAGUUCAACAUGCCAUCUGUGUUGCAAAUGCUACUGUCAAUUGUGGACCCUUACCCAAGUUGGGGUGAGCAGAGGAACAAUAUAAACCUGUUCCAGGAUCAGCCCCUUCUACUGCAGUCUUCAUCAAAGUAGCUAUUUGACUGGAAACACAACAGUAUGCAAACAUGACCUGCAAAAACAAGACCAGAAAUGAAUGUACAGUUGAAAGGUGAUCAAUAAACGUGUCAUCUUUCUUUCAAAUGAGAGA